GCAUAUCAUCUGACAGUAUAAUUGCAAGUGUGAUUUACUUUUCUUAUUGAUGUGCAUGAAUGUAAUUAUAUUGAUUGUCUUAUAAAAAAGAUUAGCUGAAGUAAAUUCAUAGACAGGUUACCGAGAAGAUUUAUCAUUUAAUCGCAUUCAACUCACUUCUAUCAUGAAGUGAUAUUAUCUUUAAACUACAACAAGCCAAGUUACAAUUUCGUCCUUCAAGUCAAUUGUAUCAUCAGUUUUCAAUUAAUACUUAUGCAGAAGUGAUUAGUUUGCAUUUUUAUAACAACAAAAGUUGAUUUAUUUUUAUACCAAAGCAAACAUGAAUCCAGUUAGUUCAUUAAAGCGUCCAUUGACAGUGCCAAUCGACUCUUGUAAAUUGCUGGUUUGCAAAAAAUGUGAUAAAGAUGAUGUCGUUUUGACCCUGAAAACUUGUGGAUGCCUUUUCUGUGACUCUUGUGGCAGUGACUCUCGAGAUGUGUGUAUUUCAUGCCAAUUAAAAAUUGAGCCAAUGAUGAAGAUUUCAUUUACCAAAGAAAAGAAAUGCAAGUUUUAUGGUGAAAAGUGCAAUAACUAUGCAGAAUACAAAUGUAAAUGCAUCGAAGGCGUUGUCUGCCUACAUUGUCUGUUUCACAUCCACUCUAAACGUAUCAACGGACUGUGUAAUCCUGUGCCCUUAAGUCACCAAGUAGAUCAUCUUGUACCAUGUCAGGAUUGUAAAGAUUUUAUAGCUGAAUACGAAGCAAUCCAAUCCGGUAAAAAGAUAUGUUUUGUAUGCAAGUCCAAAAAUCAAAGUAUUGGUGAGUGUAAGAAACUUGGAACAGAACCAGAUUUGAAAUUGAUUGGGGAAGAGUUUUCAUUGUCAUUGACUAAAGUAAACGCCGAUCGACAAAAAACCCUAGAGUUAAUGAAAUCAGGAGAUUUGGAAUGUGGAAAGAAAAUGGACAAACUUAAAACAAUUUUGGAAGAGGCCGUCAACAAUGUGGCCAGUUAUGCCAAUCAAUGUGAUCAAAAAAAGUUGAAAGAUAUUCAUGAGAUUUGUGUAAAUUUUAGGACUGGAAGUAACUUGCGAAUUAUUUUAGAGCAACUUAAACGGAAAAAACUGAAGCUACUCGGAGGACAAGAACAAUUUGUCGAUUUUUUACGCUAUUGUCGAGAUAAAGAAUCUAUUUCUCCGAUGCAACGAGUCAAAAUUAAUCAAUUGUAUGGUUUAAAUGAACAUCUUGAUAUUGUUGAUGGCCUGUUAAGCAAAAGUGUUCAAGUGAUUAUUGGUAAACGAAGUGAACCAUUUUAUGUUAUGGUAGAGAAACCAGGUACACUGAAUAAACGCGCAAAAAUACUCAAAGAUAUAAAGAAACAUGAAAAUAAAUGGGUGAGAAUUGAAGAGUUUCAAGUGAAUGACAUCGUGAUUAUAUGUGAUGUACAUGAAAUUGAUAAUCACAGAUUCAAGAGAGCUGAGAUUCACAACAUAAACCGACAAAAUGAUGCCAUUGUUGUCUUACUCCUUGAUUUUGGCUUUGAGAUCACAAUCAAAGCUAACGCGAUUGGUAAGAUUCCCGAUGUCAAUAUUGCUGGACAAUCAACAUGUUUCAUUGCUCAACUAAUAGGAGAUGCAAAUUCAACUCAUGAGAUUCCGCGAGGAUCGAAGGGAAUACCUAUUGCCAAGCACCUAAUGAUUUAAGAAGACAAUUAAACUGAAAUUGAACCAGAAACUUGUUCCUCAAAUCUUGAGGCCAAAUUUACCACUUACCAUGAACCUUGUUUUUUGAGCAUCAAUUGCUGAUUUCAAAUGACUUCGGAUCAGUAUACGAAAAUUGCUUGGAUUUUAAGACAAAUGUUGAUAAAAUUUAAAAAAAUUGUCAAUAAAGAGUCAGAUUUGAAUUAGUUUGAUAGAAAGUUUCAAAGUUGAAACUUCCAUCGCUUUUUGUACAACUGUGUAACCAGAUUUUUCCAUGAAACUCAUUUCAAUGAUGUAAAUUUUGAUGGACAAUCAGAAAAUGACCUUAAUGCACUGAAAUAAAAUUACCUAUUUUCUUAAAAGACAUUAAA